AUGGACCCCUUUAACGCUAAUAGUCAACAAAAUGAUGACCUAUUUGAUGAAAUAAUACUAGCUGCAAAUCAAAGACAAGAGAACGCUUAUUUAGCUGGUGUCCAGAAAGGUGGAGAGAUUGGAUAUCAGAAUGGCAUGUUGAUUGGGCGUCAGAAAGGCUCACAGUUAGCCGCUGAGAUCGGAUUCUAUUCAGGUUUUGUAUCUACUUGGCUAGCAAUGAUUGAAUCGGAUAAGACAGUACUGUUGAAUAAUUCGCUAGACUCCAAUAGUGUAAAAUCGAAACAAAUUAAAAUAACCAAAUGCUUGCAAGCGUUACAAGCUCAGCUACAACAUUAUAAUCAAACCUUCCAACAAAAUCAUAUCCAUCAUUUAACAGAAGAAUUAUCCAAGCUGAGAAGUCGAUUUAAGCAGUUAUGCUCACUACUUAAAUAUCCUCCCAAUCACGUCAAUAUUUCGGAUUUAACAUUUUAA